AUGUCACAACCACCAAUUGACGGAGAAAAUGCCGAUAAUCUAGAAGAAAUUGAAAUGCAAUUUGCCGUAAAAGCGGUACAACAAGCAGAAACAUAUUGGUCAUUAUUGGAAAAAGUUCCAGGUUCAAAGUUGAAAUUAACCAAGCAUGAUGAUCAAAUUUUUGAACAAUUAUUGGAGGACUUUCCAGAAUUUAAAGAAAAAUCGAAAGCUGAAGUUAUAGAUGAGAAUGAAAUAAAAUCUCCACAAGGUAAAACUAAAUGGAGGGAAUUUUGUGAAAAAUUUAAAGAUAUCGAAGAUUAUAAUUUUGGUACUUUAUUGAGGUUGAAAGCAAGCGAUGAAUAUGGUCAAGAUACAACUAUGUUUGCUGUUAGAAUACAAUUCUAUGCUAUUGAAAUUGCAAGAAAUAAGUAUGGAUUAAAUGAUUGGAUAUGUAAGAGUGAACAGUCUAACUAA